AUGAGGGAUCGCGACCGCCGUGACAGGGAUCGUGAUCGGGAAAGAGAUCGGGAGAGAGACAGAGACCGGGAUCGCGACAGACGCCACCGCUCCAAGUCGCCCGUUAGGAGCAGCCGGCAGAGCUCCAAGUCGAAGAAGAAGUCCAAGUCCAAGAAGUCGAAAAAGUACUCCCGCAGGAGUCGCAGCAGCAGUCGCAGCUCCUCGCGCAGUUCCUCCAGCAGCAGGAGCAGUUCCCGGAGCAGGCACAGCAAGAGCAGGAGCAGGGACCAAAACAAAUCCCGCUCUGCCUCUCAAAGGACCACCAGGGGUCCCAGUUCCGAGAGCAAUUCCCGAUCCGGCACCACACCCGUAACUGCCGCCGUGAAGGCCAUCGAUCUACUGGACACCAAGGUGCAAAAGGCACUGGAGACCAUAGACGAGGACACCUUCAAGCCCGCUGCCUUCUUCAGCUCAAGGGAUGCAAAAGAGUCGUCCGAAAAGGUCAUCAUAGACCUGAACAACGAGACGGUCACAGUGCCCAAUAAGCCACCCGUUGCCGUGCGAAACGAAGAUGUAAUAUUCCAUCCGAACUUCCUCGGCGACCCGGAUCUCAAGGCCGAGAAGUGGCUGCGCAAGCUCUACAAUUACCGCCAGAAGUACAUGCAGGAGUAGUCGAGAGUUCAGACUCUGUAUUUAAGAAACAAUAAACCUAAUUGUCUAGAAUA